CGACGCGUGCAGGGGAGAAGCGGGUUUGUUUUUGAAUCUGCGGAGGCGGCGGCGGUGGCGGCGGCGGCGCGGCGAGCGAAGCGCGUGAGGCUGAGGCGGCAGCGUCGGGGACGGCUGCGCGGAACGGCUGUGUAGGAAGGAACUUGGUUCCCCUCCCUCACCUCCCGCCCCAGAAGAAUCAAAAUGGACAGUAUAGAAGAACCUCAGAAAAAAGUUUUUAAAGCUCGCAAAACAAUGAGAGUGAGUGAUCGGCAACAACUUGAAGUAGUGUAUAAGGUCAAAGAAGAGCUGUUGAAAACUGACGUCAAGCUGUUAAAUGGUAACCAUGAAAAUGGAGAUUUGAACCCAACCUCACCUUUGGAAAAUACGGAUUAUAUUAAUGACAAGGAAGAGGUGAAUGGCAUUGAAGAGCUUUGCUUUGACUCUGAAAAAAAUAAAUCAGAAUGGAAAGAAACACCUUGCACCUUAAAUAUUAAUGUAAAAACCAAGCAGGAUGAUGAUUUAAAUUGUGAACCUUUAUCCCCUAUUAAUAAAAUUCCCGAAUCAGCCUCUCAGCUGACUGUUGAAUCAGCUUCUGGUGAUCCAUCCUCUGGUGAUUUAGCUGCCAGAGAUCCAGCCUCUGGAGAGCCAGGCACCGUUGACCUAGCGCCUGGUGAUGCAACCUCUAGAGAUCUGGCCCCAGAAGUAUUAACUUCUGGUGAUGCUGCCCCUGGUGAUCCUGUCUGUGGUGAAUCUGACUCUGGCCAUUCUGUGUCUGGUGAAUCAGUCUCUGGUGAACCUGUGUCUGGUGAAAAAACCUCCAGUGAGCAGGUUGCCAGUGAACCGGUCCCCGGGGAAUUUGGUUCUGCCGAACCAGCCUCCAGUGAUCCCGUGCCUGACAAUUCAGCUUCUGGUGAUCGGCCCUCUCAAGGACUUCCCUCCAGUGAUCCAUCCUCCAGUGAUGUGACCUCUGGGGAUUUGGCCUCGGAGGAUUUGACUUCUGGGGAGCCAGCCUGUGGGGAGCAGGGCCCUGGGGAGCCAGCUUCUGAUGAACCAGCGACUUCUGACGAGGGAACUCCUGAGUCAGCCUUUGAGAGCACCUUUGAGUCCAGUUCUGUACCAGUUUGUGAACCAGCUCCUGAACAGGACAAUACAGAGCCUAAUAGCAAUAACGAAGAUGAUGUUCUUGAACAAGAUACGGAUGAUGAGAAGUUAGACGAAGUCUUUUCAUUGGAUGAGAAAAAUAAAACGGAUGGUAACAUCGAUGCUGAUGAGGAGACGCUAGACACAGAUGACACAAUUAUUUGUUCCGAUCUGUCUCCUGAAAAUGAGAAGAAGGUAGAUGAAGAGUCUGUCAUCAAACCUGCACUUGGAGAGGAGGCUAUAUCUAGCAGUAUGGAAGUUGACCAAAAUGAAAAGAAUGAAGAGGAAAAUUCUCCAGACUUAACAGAAUCUGCACAUGAAGAUGUUACAAAAGAUGAUAAGAGUGAGAGUAUCUUAGAAAGCGCGGAUUCAAUGGAGACAGAUGAGAUCAUUCCUAUUUUGGAAAAGCUUGCCCCCGCUGAAGAUGAGCUUACUUGCUUUUCUAAAACUUCUCUCCUUCCAAUUGAUGAGACAAACCCAGAUUUGGAAGAGAAGAUGGAGAGUUCUUUUGGUUCACCGUCAAAACAGGAAAGUAGUGAGAGUUUGCCUAAAGAAGCCUUUUUGGUUCUUUCUGAUGAAGAAGAUAUUUCAGGAGAAAAAGAUGAGUCUGAAGUUAUAUCACAAAAUGAGACGUGCUCCCCAGCAGAAGUAGAAAGUAAUGAAAAGGACAGCAGCAAACCUGAGGAAGAUGAGCAAGCAGUACAGGAAGAUGAAAGACCUUCAGAGAAAAGUGAGUUUUCCAGAAGAAAACGUUCUAAGUCAGAGGACAUGGACAAUGUACAGUCCAAACGUCGGCGAUAUAUGGAUGAAGAAUAUGAGGCAGAAUUUCAAGUUAAGAUUACAGCCAAAGGAGAUAUUAACCAGAAGCUCCAAAAGGUUGUACAGUGGUUGCUAGAAGAAAAAUUAUGUGCCCUACAGUGUGCUGUAUUUGACAAGACUUUGGCAGAAUUGAAAACACGAGUGGAAAAGAUUGAAUGUAACAAGAGACAUAAAACAGUUCUCACUGAACUUCAGGCCAAGAUAGCGAGGUUAACUAAACGGUUUGGAGCAGCCAAAGAAGAUCUGAAGAAAAGACAAGAAAAUCCACCAAACCCACCUGUAUCUCCAGUCAAGUCUGUAAUUGAUGCUAACAGCAAUAACAAUGUGCCCUACAGAAAUUCUGGCACAGUGAGACAGAUGCUGGAGUCCAAAAGAAACAUUAGUGAAAGUGUACCUUCAUCCUUUCAAACCCCUGUGAAUACAGUAUCGUCAACCAGUAUGGUCACUCCUCCAGCUGCUGCCAGUGGCCAGCCGAAACUGCAGACUCCAGUAACUUCAGGUUCUCUGACAGCAGCUUCAGUUCUUCCUGCGCCCAACACAGCUACAGUAGUUGCCUCUACUCAGGUGCCUAGUGGAAACCCCCAACCUACAAUCUCUUUACAGUCUUUGCCAGUGAUCUUGCACGUACCUGUGGCAGUGUCCUCCCAGCCUCAACUCCUACAGAGUCAUCCAGGGACGUUAGUGACCAAUCAGCCGUCUGGCAACGUUGAAUUCAUUUCUGUGCAGAGCCCACCUGCAGUGAGUGGUCUGACCAAAAGCCAGGUGUCCUUGCCAUCCUUGCCAAACCCCAUCAAACCGAGCACCGUUUCUUCCGUGCCCAGUCCCAGUAUUCAGAGGAACUCUCCAGCCAGUGCUGCUUCGCUGGGCACAACCCUUGCUGUACAGGCUGUGUCAACAGCACACUCCAUCGUGCAAGCCACAAGGACUUCCUUACCCACGGUGGGCCCUUCAGGACUCUAUAGUCCGUCCAAUAACCGAGGGCCUAUCCAGAUGAAAAUUCCAAUCUCUGCUUUUAGUACGUCAUCUCCUGCAGAACAGAGCAGCAGCACCACGUCAAGAAUUGAAAACCAGACAAGCAAAACAAUAGAUGCUUCCGUUAAUAAGAAAGCAGCUGAUAGCACGUCACAGAGUGGAAAAGCCUCUAGCAGUGAUUCGGGUGGUGUCAUUGAUCUCACGAUGGAUGAUGAAGAGAGUGGAGCUUCACAAGAGCCUAAGAAGCUGAGUCAUGCCCCAGUGUCCACCAUGAGCGCUUCUCAGCCUGUAUCUCGACCGCUGCAGCCCAUCCAGCCAGCCCCGCCUCUUCAGCCAUCAGGGGUGCCGACAAGUGGACCUUCUCAGACAACCAUACACUUGUUGCCCACCGCUCCAACUACCGUGAAUGUAACACAUCGCCCAGCAACUCAGGUGACCACAAGACUCCCCGUUCCAAGAGCUCCUGCGAACCACCAGGUGGUUUAUACGACGCUGCCAGCGCCAUCAGCCCAGGCUCCCCUGCGCGGAGGAGCAGUUAUGCAGGCGCCUGCUGUUCGGCAGGUCAACCCCCCAAAUAGUGUCACAGUUCGAGUGCCUCAAGCAACUACAUAUGUUGUAAACAAUGGCCUAACCCUGGGAUCAGCAGGACCUCAGCUCACCGUGCAUCACCGGCCACCUCAAGUGCAUACUGAGCCGCCACGCCCUGUGCACCCAGCACCCUUACCAGAAGCCCCACAGCCACAGCGCCUGCCCCCAGAAGCUGCCAGCACAUCUCUGCCUCAGAAGCCACACUUGAAGUUAGCGCGCGUUCAGAGUCAGAAUGGCAUUGUACUGUCCUGGAGUGUCCUAGAGGUGGAUCGCAGCUGUGCCACUGUGGAUAGCUACCAUCUCUAUGCGUACCAUGAGGAACCCAGUGCCACUGUGCCCUCACAAUGGAAAAAGAUUGGGGAGGUCAAGGCACUCCCCUUGCCCAUGGCAUGCACUCUCACCCAGUUUGUAUCUGGCAGCAAAUACUACUUCGCCGUACGAGCCAAGGAUAUUUAUGGACGUUUUGGACCUUUCUGUGAUCCGCAGUCAACAGAUGUGAUCUCUUCUUCCCAGAGCAGUUAAACCCUGGAGCCUUCCUUCCUCUUUCCGAAGUUCCAUUUUGGGGUCUUGUUUUAAUCUUGUGCAUGAUGCCCAUUGUAAAUCCACAUUGUGCAAGAUUUCUUGGACAGAUGUAUAUAUACACUACAUUUGUUUAUAAUCAGAAGUAAAAUAAACUCUGCCCAUAAAGCAAGAAUCUCUUCCUGGACAAUUCAAGCUUCAAGGUUUUAAGAUGUAAAUGUGCACCUUGCUUUAGUUUUGAGAUUAAGGAAUACGUGUGGGUGUUUGUGUGUGUUCUUCCCUAUUUAUAUGUCUAUUGCAGUGGGAUCUUCCAUUUUCAUUCUCAAGUUUACCUCUCUUCCAGUAUGAAGUAAGUAGAUGAUCAGAGGGUCUGAGUGAGGUAUAUAACUGGCCUGAUUCUGUUACUAAGGGAUCUUAAGGGAUCUGUCUGUAGGUUCAGAGUGAUCUAAGCUGAAUUGAAACAAAACCCAAAGAAAUAAAGUUAAAUUAUCUAAUAGUUUAAAUAGUUAAUUUGAACACAGGAAAGGAUCUUUUCAUCUUUUCUUUUGUCUCUUCUGGGUUGUUAGGUUUUAAAAAAAAGAUCUUCCACAGCCCUUCCUUUUCCUAAUCUGGCUUUUACAUUUAUUUUGUGCCUUAAAGAUUAACCACAAAUAUAAGCGGGGCCAUUUGCCCAUUGUUGUUUACUCUUCCCUUUCAGCCUUUCACCUUCGUCUGUCCUUCCUCUUCCCCCAAAUAGAGCACACUCCCCUCAAGGGGAUUUAAACCAAGGCUUUUAUAUAUGUGUAUAUAUAUAUCCAUCACUACAUUUCAUUCCAAAUCAUGACUUGCUAUUUUAUUCUAACAAUAUAAAUGCUUUUAUUUUUGGUCACUAUUUUAAAUUAGCUGUGUGUAAAGUAGACCAAGAAAAGACCAUAUUGUGUAAGAAAACUUUCCUUCACACGUAUUUUAGUAUCUAUAUUGCACACUGUUAGAUUAGGAAAGCAGUUCUACUUCACUUUAUCACCCAGAGCGUUCUUUCAAAGGAAGCAAAGAGGAAAAUUGACAAAAUGUAGUGAGCUAAAAUAUCAAAGGGAAAGCUUCAUUUCCUCUAGUCUUAUUUCAUUCUUCCCAUUUAACCUUUUAACUUUGUUUCUCUGGUGCCAAGUUUUCUGAUUUACCCUAGGUAGAAUUUACCCUUUGGGUAAAACAUGCUUUCUGGGGUCAUUUCGUAUGGCAAUUAGACAAAACUUUGUAUGCAUCUCUGUUCCAAGUUUCACCGAGGUCUUGGAGUACCAGCGAUACAGGUGUCAGGUGGUUGCUUGAGUAGAUGGACUCGGUCAGGGCAGCUGGGUAUGUGUAUGCGUGUGUGUAUACCUAUCACUUACCUGCGGGGUGACAGUGUGGUUGGGGACGUUUAAAGGUGUUCAAGGAGAUUGUGAAAUGGCUUUUCAGAUCAUCUUCCCUUACCCAUAUUUGAAUUCUUUUUCCUGCCUUCUCAAAAUAGUCCUUAAUUUCUCCUGGAAUCCCAGGAGGAAGCCAUCCAUUCUAUUAAUGCUGCUUUGUUUGCAACUUUGAUGGCUUGAAAUAUGAAGCAUUUGAGUCAUAAAGACACUUUCUGGAGAGACUUUCACUGGUCAGAGUACUCUUACGUUAGGCGUGAAGUUUUCAUUGAUGCUAAGGAAAGCCUAUGGAUUGCCAAAAUGUCAAGGCUCCCAACUCUUCCUUUCACCCUCAGAAAACGAGACCUAGAGAAUUAAAACAUUCAUGCAUCAAAUCUGCCAGCCAUGUAGAUGUUACCUAUUCCAGGACUGAGGAUGGGAAAGAAAUUGCAAAUGUCAUGCCAAUGAAAAUUUCAUCAGGGAGAAGCUGUUGCUCCUCCAGGUGUGUGUGAGCACUGUCCGAGACGGCCUGUGUGAACGGUCAGUGUGCACUUUGUGUUUGCAUCCUUGUUGACAGAAAAGAAAGUCCGCCCGCGGUUGAGAUUGUUCCGGUGUUACGGUCACGUGAUAACAGUUUGCUUACCCUGCCUAAAAGGGAUUCCCUUGAUGAGUAUUUUUACUUACAUUCCCUGGUCUUUUUUUAAAGCUUCAGAGCAUUAUUUAAUCAGGUGAAGAAAGCCCAAUAGCACAAAUAUAGUUUAUUGUUUUAACCUGAAUUGUGUUUUCUGUUAAAAGAAAAACUCUCAACUUGUAAAUUUCCGACUACACUUAUUACUGCAAAAUAAGACUUUGUUCCAGAUGGUGGAAGGUACAAAGAGAGAUUGUGUGACUAUUGAAGGGAAAAAAUAUAAAUGAUGUCCUUGAAUUCAACUGCCAAAGGGUUUAUAGGCAGCAUCUCUAGUGGGGCUUACUGGAAGGUGUGAGGCUAGAACUCUAGGCUUUUACUUGGGGCAGGUUUUCAUGAUGAUGAGCACUUGAUUAUUUUCAGUCUGUUUCUUUGGGAAGAAAGAAUGGAGACUCAAACUAGUAACAGUGACUGACGGAGACUUGUUCGAAGCAGGUCACAGUCCACGGUACCUUUUUUAUUUGUGAGGCACCUUUUCACAAAGUAUUAAAAUAAGCUUGCAUUGGGGAAUGCAAGCGUGCUACAUGUUCAGCCUGACAAUAUUUGUAUUGCCCUCUUGGAAAUCUUGGAAACUUCUGAUAUUUCGACCUGAAAUACGGGAGGUUGUGUGGCAUUUGAAGGUAACGACGAUGUUGGUUACUCUCAACUUUGCACUUUGUCAGAGUAAUUUCACCCUGUUUUAAGCGUGAGUAAGCCUCUUCUAAAAAUUAUGUUCUUGCCAGUACAUUUAUAAAUUACAUGCAUAGAUAACAUCUGAUGUUAACUUUUUGAGGUUACUAGUUCCCUCAAUUUCUCUGGACUCAACUUUUUGAAAAUAUGCUGAGUACUGUGUACUGGUUAACACAGUAGACCUUUAUGAGAGCAGCAGAGAGUAAAAAUGUUUAAAGUGAAUAUUGGGAUACUGUUUGCCUCCGAGUGGCUUACCCCACUCUCCCUGUCCCCAUUGCCAGAAAAUAAAUGAAAGGUUUAAUUUUUUUUUCCUAAUGACCUAAAGCAAGGAGCUUAGGAUUUUAGGUACAUCUUUCUGCAGAACUCCUGGAGCCAGCCGCACCAUACGGUUCUCUUAUUGUAUUGAAUAAGAGUUGAUUUCGUUUUUGUUGUUUGCUCUUUGGCUUAUGUUCCUUAAAUGAUCAUUUAUGCAGCAAGGUGAGUGUUACUAUUUGCAUGAUAUGCAUUUAUCUUGUUCCACAAAGUUUCCAGUACUGUACAAGAAUAACAAAAUAUGCCUGUGGAAUCUAUCACUUUUAUACACUGUGAUCUUAGCACAGUAGAGUAAUGCAAAAACCUUACAAGUGUUCUCCCCGACCUUCCUUCCUGGGCUGUUUUGGUAUGCUAGAAUUUAUUUGUUGGAGUUUUAUCAUUGACUAAUCAUUGGAUUGUUUUAUUCUAAUUUCCAGAGAACCAUGUCCCAGUAUUAGAUUAUUACGUGUAACUAUCUAAAAACCAAUGUAUGAUUCUGCUCUACUUUCCACUUAAUUGAGUAAACAAUCCCCAAACCCUCCUCAAAUGCCCAAGCCCCUUUUAUACAUUGGGACAAAAAAAAAAUGCAGUUCUCAAUUCUCAUGAGGUAUUUUAUUAGUGUGUCCGAUUUAACUAAUUCUUGAAACUUACUCCCCUUGAGCCAGCCAGCGUGGGGAAGAAAGGACAAUACAAACACAUAUUCUGUCUUAAAAUACCUUUUUUUUUCUUUUUUGGUAGUCAGUUAAGUAUGCAUCAUUUAUAUUUAAAUGCUGUCUUUUUUAAAAGUUUUAUUUGUAAAUAAGGUAACUGGGCAAUCAGAAACCUUUUGGGGAAUCUUGGCUUUAGUAUUUUAUCAGCCAUUUAAAAAUUAAAUAUAAAAAUUAAUCCUUUGUGGGAAACUUGCAUCCUGAUUUUUCUUUAUUGCAGUUGAAAGUGUAAAUAAUAAGACAGUGUAAGACCUAAUGUCUAAUAUAAAGUGGGCUAUCGCAAGUUGCCCUAUUUUUAUUAGGUUUUGAAGGUUUUGUGGUUAUUUUCUUUUUUUAAAUGUACGGUAGAGUGGUGUCUGUAUAAGUGUUAACUGUAGUGGGAUUUUGUCCAACAGGCCUGAAAUUUAUACUUUGAAAUAAACUACUGGGUUUGUAA